GUCUCACUUUCUCCCAACUAACAACAUCUGCAGCCAACUUCACAACAUUGACCGCUCUAUCUGGGACACCUUAACAACAAUUUGUCGCUUUUCCGUGAAAACUUUGUGCCGAAAAAACCGUGAAAAAUUCUGUGUUUUUGCAUUUUCCCCAGAGCAUUUAGCAACAAGACGUCGCGAUGGCGUCCUACCAAAUCGCCAAUUUACUAGAUAAGAUGACGUCCAAUGACAAGGACUUCCGUUUUAUGGCUACGAAUGAUUUAAUGACGGAACUGCAGAAGGACAGCAUCAAAUUGGAUGAUGAAUCGGAGAAGAAGGUCGUCCGGAUGGUGUUGCGGCUGCUUGAGGAUAAGAAUGGUGAGGUACAGAACCUGGCGGUGAAGUGCCUGGGGCCGCUCGUUAUUAAGGUCAAGGAGAACCAAGUGGAGACAAUAGUGGAUUCCCUGUGUGCCAAUAUGGUGAGCAACAAGGAGCAACUGCGUGAUAUCUCCAGCAUUGGCCUCAAGACGGUUAUCUCGGAGCUGCCACAGACAUCCAAUUCACUCGCCCCGAAUGUCUGCCAGAGAAUCACUGGGAAGUUGAGCAAUGCAAUCGAGAAGGAAGACGUUAGCGUGCAACUCGAAGCAUUGGACAUCCUAUCGGAUCUCUUGUCGCGCUUCGGGGAUCUCCUGGUGCCAUUCCACGACACUAUCCUCAAGGCACUCGUACCACAGCUCGGGUCGCAGCGUCAAGCUGUCCGGAAGAGGACUAUUGUGGCACUAUCGCAUCUCCUGACUUCCUGCAGCAAUAGCGCCUACAAUAAAGUCAUUGAGCACUUGCUGGAGGGACUGAAGAAGCCACAAAAUACCAGCACCAUUCGCACCUACAUCCAGUGUCUUGCAUCCAUUUGCCGUCAAGCAGGACAUCGUCUGUGUAAUCACAUUGAUCGCGUUAUGGUGCUCCUGAAUGAGUACAGUCAGCGGGAGGAUGAUGAAUUACGUGAAUUCUGCCUCCAGGCAUGUGAAGCCUUCAUUCAGCGAUGCCCCGAAGCCAUUGUUCCCCACAUACCAAGCAUUGUUGCCCUGUGCCUGGACUACGUGACCUACGACCCAAAUUACAACUACGAGGCUGAUGAUGGGGAUGCGGGGGUGUCGAUGGAUACGGAGGAGGAGGAGGAUGUGGAUAGUGAGGAGUACAGCGAUGAUGACGACAUGAGCUGGAAGGUACGUCGUUCGGCUGCCAAAUGCCUCGAAUCGGUCAUUUCGACGCGCCACGAACUCCUGGAGGAGUUCUACAGGACCCUCUCACCGGCUCUCAUUGCACGCUUCAAGGAGCGCGAGGAGAAUGUCAAAUCGGACAUUUUUCACGCCUACAUUGCCCUCCUGAAGGCCACACGUCCCAGCGAAGAUGCCACCCACGAUCCGGAUUCAAUGGAACAAGUUCCGGGCCCUAUAAGUAUGCUGCAGGAUCAAGUGCCGGAAAUUGUGCGAGCUAUUCAGCCGUUAAUGCGGGAGAAAUCCGUUAAGACACGCCAGGAUUGCUUUCUGCUGCUGCGUGAGCUGUUGAAUGCCCUUCCGGGCGCUUUGGCGAAGCAUGUGGAUCAACUAAUGCCGGGAAUUAAUUACUCAUUGAGCGAUAAGAAUUCCACGUCAAAUAUGAAAAUUGAUGCAUUGAGCUUUGUCUGCUGCAUGCUUCAGGGGCACAAUCCGCAAGUUUUUCAUCCGCACAUCCAGCUCCUUGUGCCGCUGGUGGAGAAUGCGGUGUUUGAUCCAUUCUACAAAAUUGCCACGGAGGCUCUGUUGGUGCUGCAGCAACUCGUGAAGGUGAUUCGCCCCCUCAAUGUGGAGACGAGUUUUGAUUUUACACCUUUUGUGCCGCAAUUGUACAACUGUACGCUGCAGAAGCUUCGUUCACCGGAAGUGGAUCAAGAGGUGAAGGAACGUGCGAUUGCCUGUAUGGGGCAGAUUAUUGCAAACAUGGGUGAUGUCCUGCGCACGGAGCUGACAACGUGCUUGCCACUGUUUAUGGAGAGAUUGCGAAAUGAAGUGACCCGAUUGAGUUCCGUGAAGGCACUCACGAUGAUUGCAGCAUCCCCAUUGAGGGUGAAUUUAUCCCCAAUUCUUGCGGAUGUAAUUCCCACACUUGGGUCAUUUUUGCGUAAAAAUCAACGUGCAUUGAAGCUGAAUUCGCUCACAUUGCUGGACACAUUGGUGAUUAAUUACAGCCAAUUCUUCAAUCCGGAACUCCUCAAGACGGCAAUUCAGGAAGUUCCGCCCCUUUUGUCUGAAUCUGAUCUCCAUGUGGCACAGCUAUCGCUUGUUUUCCUCACAUCGGCGGCACAGCAACAACCACAGGCGGGUGUGUACGAGGCGAUUCUUCCGGAAGUGAUGACACUCGUACGAUCACCCCUCCUGCAGGGAACAGCCCUCAAUUGCACGCUACGUUUCUUCCAAGCGCUCGUGCAGGCGAAUCUCCCACGUUUGAGCUACAACUACCUUCUUGAGCUCCUUAUGGCGCCGGUGAUUAAUCAGCAGGCACCUGGGCAGGUUCUGCACAAGCAAGCCUAUCAUUCAUUGGCAAAAUGCGUCGCAGCGAUUACUCUUCAGGUUCCCGCACAAGCUGAACCCGUUGCAGCGCAGCUCCUUCAUGAUAUUCAAGAGCGCAAAAGUGACACCUACCUGGUGUUUUGUCUCCUAACAAUUGGGGAGAUUGGGCGACAUUUCAAUCUCAGUAGCAUCGAAAUGCUCCCACAGUGCAUCCUAAAUUGCUUUGCAGCACAAAGUGAGGAUGUUAAGGCGGCUGCAAGUCAUGCCCUGGGGGCUGUUGCAGUGGGAAAUCUCAAUUGCUACCUCCCGUUCAUCCUCACGGAGAUUGAGGCACAGCCAAAGCGUCAAUAUCUCCUGCUGCACUCCCUCAAGGAGGUUAUUUCAUCACUUUCCCUCACAAAGGGUGGUCUUGAGCAACUUAUCCCAUCUGUCCCGUCAAUUUGGACGCAACUCUUCAAGCAUUGCGAAUGCUCUGAGGAGGGAUCACGGAAUGUUGUGGCUGAAUGUCUCGGGAAGCUUGUUCUCGUUCUUCCGGAUGAGCUUCUGCCGCGUCUGCAGCAAGCCCUGAAGAGCGAUAGCCCCCUCAUGCGUACCGCUGUGGUGUCCUCAAUUAAAUUCACAAUCUCCGAUCAACCACAACCAAUUGAUCCUCUUCUGCGGCAGUGCAUUGGGCAAUUCCUCUAUGCGCUGCAAGACCCGGAGCCAGCGGUACGACGUGUGGCACUUGUGGCAUUCAAUUCAGCUGUACACAAUAAACCGAGCCUCGUGCGUGAUCUCCUUCCGGAACUCCUUCCGCAAUUGUACUCAGAAACGAAGAUAAAGAAAGAAUUGAUCAGGGAAGUGGAGAUGGGACCCUUCAAGCAUACCGUUGACGAUGGCCUGGACAUCCGGAAGGCGGCAUUUGAGUGCAUGUACACACUGCUGGAGCAGGGAUUGGAUCGUGUGGACAUCAUGCAGUUUCUAGAGCAUGUCCAAGCGGGUCUAAAGGAUCACUACGAUAUCAAAAUGUUAACUUACUUAAUGACAGCACGUCUAGCUCAACUAUGUCCAACAGCAGUGCUUCAGAGACUCGAUCAAUUUGUGGAUCCACUGAGAGCCACGUGUACGCUGAAAGUUAAAGCGAAUUCCGUAAAGCAGGAGUAUGAGAAGCAAGAUGAGCUCAAGAGGUCUGCACUGAGAGCUGUAGCUGCCCUAGCUUCAAUCCCCAAAGCUGAUAAAAAUCAACAUUUGAGUGAAUUCUUGACGCUCAUCAGGGGUACACCGGAUCUGCAGACGCUCUUUGAGUCAGUUCAGAAGGAUACGUCGGUAAAUAGCAAUACGGAUUCAGGUAUAAGUAUGGAUCAAAGCUAAAAAGUCCCUAAGAAAAAAACAAGUCUGCGUGGAGAAAUCUGAGUUUGAAACGCGAUUAAAAAAAGAUAUUUCUUGAUUUAUUUUUCUUCUUUCUGAUAUUACAAAUAGUUCUUUUUUUUUUUAAUUUGAAAAAAUAAAUAAAUGGAAAAUUGAGUCGAGAAAAAAACUUAAAAACAAAACGAUGAUUUUAUUAAUUUUCUCUUGCUUGAAAAAAGGUAAAAAGUGAUGAAAAUAAAAGAUAAAUUGUUGUUUUGAUAUUAUACAAUUUAUUUACUCAUUAUCUUGUCAAAUAUAUAUAAUUUUUUUUAAUAAAAAGGGUGUGUAAUAUCUCACAAAGAAAGAUAAAAACAAAUCUCUCAGCUUAAGAACAUUUAGUUUUGUUUUUUUUUUCAAUAUAAAUUCUCAUUUGCGCUGAAAUUCUUUUUUCUAAAUAUAUUUUUUCUCAUACAAUGCGCUUAAUAUCCUUUUUAAAAAUUUUCCUUAAAACCCAUUUUUUUUUUUUAAUAAUAAUAAAAACUUAUUUUGGACUACAAAAAAAAAGGAAAAAAAGAAAAGGGAGUUCAGAAGGAAAAUUUUAGGGACUGCCGAGGGAUUAAUUUGUAAUAACAAUGAAAUAUUAAGUACGUACAUACAAUAAAAAUUGAUAAAUAAAGUAAAAUAUUAAAAAAAAAAAGAAA